UGUGGACAAAGUCAACCUUCGCUCUUAUCGAUUGUGCUCAAUACCGGCAGAUAGCGCUUCAUCCCGCGGCAGAUUGCGCACAUGGCUCUGAGCCACGAUAACGUGUGGUCUGAUGGGGCUGACUGGGCUGUCAGGCGGGGAAGGGAAGAGAAACAGAGGCGAGCUCGUCUCGUCGAUAAUGCAAGUUGACUCGAUUCUACGCGGUCUGACAUUCGUAUUCGCGAUUCUCAAACGAAUAUUCACGUAUUUAUGACUGCAUGCUACGGCAUUGUACCUGCACGCAUCUCGAGCUGCGCGCACCUCGUCGCUCGAUCACGCGACGUCUCGCGAGAGAUCGACAUCCACCGCGCCGGAGCGCCGCGGGCGCUCGCUGUGCACGCGUUUCGCGACGCUGCGAUGCAAAACAUUGUGACGACGGGGCACCGCGCGUUGUCGUUUUCCACGGACGCGUGUCACCACGCCGUGACAUGUGCGUAAUUGCGGAUUUUUGCGUGUACCGAGGAGGUGUCAAUGGUGAUCCUUAUGCCUUGUGAGGACUACGGCAGUUUAGUGAACAACAGUUUCAACGAUGGAUUAUGAGUACAUGCCCUUUCACAGGGAGAAAGACUUUCAUAAUAGAUGUUGCGGUGGGAAGCUCUGGUGUAUCAAGGAUAUAUGUGGCAUCAUAUGCGCAGUAUUAACAUGGUUACUAAUAAUCUACGCAGAGUUCGUAGUGAUGGCGGUGAUUCUUAUUCCUACGAUAAAUACGUUAUAUUCCAGCUUAAACAUGGCCAUUUUCCAAUCUCUAGCAUUCCUGGCCUUUGCGUCGCAUCUGAGAACCAUGUUUACAGAUCCGGGCGCAGUACCGAAAGGGAAUGCAACGAAGGAGAUGAUACAACAAAUGGGAUUUAGAGAUGGACAGGUUAUUUUUAAGUGUCCAAAAUGUUGUUCUAUUAAGCCUGACAGAGCUCAUCAUUGCUCGGUUUGCCAAAGAUGUAUCAGGAAAAUGGAUCACCAUUGUCCGUGGGUCAACAAUUGCGUGGGGGAAAAUAAUCAAAAAUACUUUGUACUUUUUACUUUUUAUAUAGCGGGCAUAUCACUGCAAUCCCUGUUUCUAUGUAUACAACAAUUUACCACGUGUGUCAGGCAAGAAUGGAGGGAAUGCUCCACGUUCAACCCACCGGCGACAGUGGUGCUACUGUUAUUUCUAGCGUUCGAGGCACUCUUAUUUGCCAUUUUUACUGCUGUGAUGUUAGGCACGCAAUUGCAAGCUAUUUGGAAUGACGAAACUGGUAUAGAACAACUUAAAAAGGAGGAGGCCAGAUGGGUACGUAAUAGCAGAUGGAAAUCGAUUCAAGCGGUCUUUGGUAGAUUUUCAAUAGCUUGGUUUUCCCCCUUUACCUCACCUCCUAACGCAAAGACGAAAUUAGAUUCUUAUCUGUAUUCCGUUUGAAUUAUAUUUUGAUACGUAUAACCAUGACUUACAUUAUAUACAUAUACAUAUAGAGGAAUAUUAAGUUAUAUAGAUACGACCGAUGUUCGAUUAGUAUACAUAGGCUUGCUCUCAAAGUUGAGACAUUUUAAAACUCUUCUUUUGAGCGAAGAGAAAUGAUACAAGAGAAUUUCUAAGAUUGUCCUAUAACGUAUGGAUAUAGGACAAUUUAAUUUAUAUUCAGAAUCUUGUACAAUCUUGCGUAAUCAAAUUUUAUACAUCGGUUUUCAAAUUUUUGUUUAUGAAAAAAAUAUAUUUUGUGAUAAUGAAAGUAUUGAAGGUUAAUGGUUUGCAAUAUUUAAGAUAAUUAUUAUAAUUAUUCAUACUUUUGUAAAGACUUUAUUUAUUAUUAUUAUAAUAUCAAUUUUCCAAUACAUAUAUCAGAGAGUUUUCAUAUAUAUAGUGUGUAUAGCUAAAUUCUUGCAAUUGUAAGAGAUAAGAUGAUAAUGAUAAGUGAGAACGAAUAUAGAAUAUAUAAAUAUAUAUAUAAUACAAAUAUAUUAUUUAUAUACUAUAAUAUUAUGUAAUACA